GUUAAAACAGUCGAGCUAAGUUUGCCUCCUCGCUCCGCACCGGCUGCAGAAGUGUACCGUCCAGUUUGCACCGGGACUAGUACAUGGACUUUAUCUUAUCUUUGCAAAAUGAGACUUCCGCGCGUGCUUUUGUUUUUAGGUGUUUCUGUCUGCACUCUUUUCACUCUGACUCCCUGUGAGGAGCAGCGAGUCCCCGAAGAGAACCUCCUAAUUGUGACAGUUGCAACCCAAGACACUGAUGGCUUCAAGCGUUUCUUGGUGUCGGCUAAACAUUUUAACUACACUGUCAAGGUUCUUGGGCGGGGUGAGAAAUGGAGGGCAGGCGACUACAUGUCGGCUACAGGAGGGGGCCAGAAGGUACGACUGCUGAAAAAGGCUCUGCAGGACAUGAAGAAUGAAGACACAGUCAUCCUUUUUACUGACAGCUAUGACGUGGUCUUCUCCUCGGGCCCCAAAGAGCUUCUCAAGAAGUUUCAGCAGGCCAAACACAAGGUGGUGUUCUCCUCCGAGAGCCUGAUCUGGCCCGACAGACACCUGGAGAACAAAUACCCCCACGUCCCAGAGGGCAACCGGUUCCUAGGGUCAGGAGGUUUCAUUGGCUACCUUCCUAACAUCAGAGAGAUGGUUGCUGACUGGACGGGACAGGACAGUGACAGUGACCAGCUGUUCUUCACCAACAUCUACAUCGAUCCUGUUAAAAGGAAAUCCAUAAAUAUCACAGUGGACAGCAAAUGCAGAAUGUUCCAGAACCUCCAUGGAGCCCUCGAUGAGGUGGUGCUGAAGUUUGAGGAUGAACGUGUACGUGCCAGAAAUGUGCUGUAUGACACCCUGCCUGUCGUCAUCCAUGGGAACGGACCCACCAAGCUCCAAAUCAACUACCUGGGGAACUACAUCCCCAACAUAUGGACGUUUGAGACAGGAUGCACAGCGUGUCAUGAAGGGCUCCUCCCCCUGGAAGUUCUUCAGGAGAGCGAGUACCCACUGGUGCUUAUCGGCAUCUUCAUUCAGAAGCCCACCCCUUUUGUGACGGUGUUCUUUGAACGCCUCCUGAAGCUCCAGUACCCCAAGAACAGACUCAAACUCUUCAUCCACAACCAGGAAGCUCAUCAUGAGCGUCAGGUCAGCCUUUUCCUGAAGGAUCAUGGGAGCCUUUAUCAGGAUGUCAGGGUGGUCGGGCCUGAAGAGAAGAUGGAAACCGAUGCCUCCCGCAACCUGGCCUUCGAUGUGUGCCGGAAAGACGAGGACUGUGACUAUUUCUUCAGCGUGGACAUUGAAGUGGUCUUAAAGAACGAAAACACACUCAAAGUUCUCAUUGAACAAAACCUUCCCUUUGUGGCCCCGAUGAUAACUCGCGCUGGCCGACUGUGGAGCAACUUCUGGGGGGCCCUCAGUGCAGAGGGCUACUACGCCAGGUCUGAGGACUACGUGGACAUCGUUCAAGGACGCAGAGUGGGUGUGUGGAAUGUCCCGUAUGUGUCGAAUGUGUACCUGGUGAAGGCUGGUGUCCUGCGGUCUGAGCUCACCGAGUACGAUCUGUUCAACUCUGACAUCUUAGACCCCGACAUGGCCUUCUGCCACAACAUCCGCAACAAGGGAGUCUUCAUGCAUGUGACCAACAUGCACACUUUCGGUCGCAUCGUGUCAACAGAGACCUACCAGACCAGCCAUCUCCAUAACGACCUGUGGCAGAUCUUUGAAAACCCAGUGGACUGGCAGGAGCGCUACAUCCAUCAGAACUACACCUACAUCAUGAGAGACAAGCUGAUCGAGACUCCCUGUCCUGAUGUGUACUGGUUCCCUAUUUUCUCCGAUGUCGCCUGUGAUCACAUUGUUGAAGAAAUGGAGCAUUUUGGGAAGUGGUCCGGAGGAGACAACACGGACAAGAGAAUCCAAGGCGGCUAUGAGAACGUGCCCACGAUAGAUAUCCACAUGAACCAAAUCAACUUUGAAAAGGAGUGGCACAAAUUCCUGCUGGAGUACAUUGCACCCAUCACAGAGAAAAUGUAUCCUGGAUACUACACCAAGUGCGCCACCCCUCUGAACUUCGUGGUGAGGUACAAACCCGACGAGCAGCCGAAGCUCGAGCCUCACCACGACGCCUCCACAUUCACUAUUAACAUAGCUCUGAACAGCAAAGACGUAGACUACCAGGGUGGAGGGUGCAGGUUCCUCCGCUACGACUGCUCCAUCCAGGCCCCUCGUAAAGGCUGGACCCUGAUGCACCCGGGUCGCCUCACGCACUACCACGAAGGCCUGCCCACCACCGGGGGGGUGCGCUACAUCGCUGUGUCCUUUGUGGACCCCUGAACUCAUCACUGGCUCCAAAGCCAACAGGACCCUCGGCUGACCGCAUCCGAACGCAUCACGGCUGCUCUCUACUCCUCCGCUCUUCUCGUCUGCUUGUUUUCAUGUCUUAAUAAUGUUGUUUCUGCGUUACUCCAAGACUCUCAUACAGUGUUCCUCACAGAACCCGUGCUCUGUGAGGAACACUCAGCUGCAUAAUGGAACAUGUUAGCGCCACAUUAGAAGACAGGUGGCUCCAAAGUAACACUUCACCAAAGCUUCUCAGUAAUAUUAGCAGGAGUGAUAUCACCCGCAGAACCUGCACAGAGUAAGUGAUGCAUCCGGGGCAUCCCCCAAAUUGAGAUUUAGAGUCAUUUAAAGUGCUGAUUUAGUUUUUUGUGCAGGAACAGAAGUCGAAAUUCAUUUGAUUUUCUUUUACAUGUAUGUCUCACGCAAUUGUGUCAUCGUUUCACAUACCACCUGCCUUGAGAAAGUGCCUGGUGAAUUUAAGGGAAAUAGAGCGUGGAAAGUCCUGGCAUUAGGUUUUCUAAAAGGUGAAAAAAAGGAUUGUAAAACACUGUUAGAAAACAGUGAUCCAACAGCGUUGUGUAGCCUGCUGUAGGAUAAAGUCACUGAAUUUGUAUCAUCCUUCACCUGAAAAUGAGAUAAAAUGUGAUUUAAUUCAAACCAAAGACGGUAUAAAGAAUGAACAAUGUUCAGCCAGGUGUGCCGUUAGCAGGAAGUAGCUCUUGUGCUAGCGGAACACCUGGUGUUUCACACUCCAACCUCUCACCUCAUAACUCCAGUUUUCUUAUUCUCUAAAGAAGUACAUGUGUGUUACUUUAGUCCCAGUUCUGAAUUCGUGUGUGGACCAAUGUUCAUUUAGAAGCACUGUGGUGCAGCGUCUGCUGGUCUGCAGUGUGUAGUGGUUCAGGCCUCGGUCACAUGGACUCCUCAGGAAAUUACCCGCUCGAAUAUCUUACCGAUGCUUGUGGAGAGUAUUGUUACAUUUACACUAACUGUGCCAAAGUAGUUAUUUUCUAACUCUUUCUUGAACUGAGACACUUCCAAACCCCGCUAAAGCCUCUCUUUUAUUUAUUUUGUGUAUAUAUUAAUUGAUAAAGGCCACACUCCCUUAAUUGUUCUGCAAUAUAACUGCAUUUUGGGAGAGAUACUGAAGUCCUUCUCUGGUGCACUCAGUGAUAUUGGUCAGCUGAGUUAAAGGGUUAUAUCCACACCAUUGUCAUUUCUUGUUACCAGCCAUCACUGAGCUACGACUACAACUUGAAUAAAUCUGUGAACCAAA